AUGACUCAACUAGAAAAAGAGUAUGAAAGUAUCAAAGUAGCUAUAACAAUACAUGGAGAAGUCUGGCACAAAGAAAUUGACAAACUUGUUUAUAAACUUAAAAGUGAAGUACACUUGAUGAAAAUUAAACAUACCAAUGCAGUUCAAAAAUGCAUAUCUGAAAUUAAAGAAAUGCUUCUGAGAGUUUGUGAAACAUUAAAAAAGUGUGACUUGUUACUAGCAUCUAAAGAUAUGCAGCUUUGCUUUGAAUAUAAAUCCAUGAAUAAGGAGUAUAGGCACUCUCCUCCCAAACCUAACAUACGUUUACCAAUUUUCACACCACAGAAAGUUUUGCCAGAAACCCUCUGUCCAGUUUUUGGGAAUUUAUCAGAAUUUUCUAUUAACCGAGAAAACCAGGACUGUGGCAUGACUUCAGAACAAAAACCACAAGAGGCUGGAUCCUUUUCUCUGGCCCAUCUGAAAUUACCUUUAUCUGGAUUCUUUAAUUUCGGCAAGCAAAAUCAAUCUGGAGGCAGAAGCUCCCCAACUGAUUCACAACUGCUUGACGAAGCAGAAAAUGUCUCCACCAUUAAUACUGGCUAUCAAGAACCUUACAAUGUUGCCUGCCUGAACAAUGAUGAAAUUUGGAUUAGCGGUGACAGUAGCACAAUUAAACUGUUUCAAGUCAAUCAGAAUUUUGACUUAAGAAAGGUCUUCAGUGGCAAGUGGAAUCCACUGCUUAAGUCAAUCCAAACAAAGACUGGAAAGAGACCCUAUGAUAUAACAGUAACAAAAAGAGGAUUUCUAGCAUAUUCUGACGAGUAUGAUAGAACGGUUAAUAUUGUAAACAAUGAGAAAAUAGAAGAAUUAGUGAGACUUUAUGAUUGGAGACCCCUCCAGAUCUGCAGUACCUUGUCUGGCGACCUUCUUGUUAUGUUGAAAAGCAACGAUAACAAACAAACAAAAAUUGCCCGUUAUUAUGGAUCCAUACAGAAACAAACGAUUCAGUUUCAUGAAAACGGCGAACCUCUUUAUUCAGCUGGUAGUCAUUACAGAUACAUGACUGAAAACAAGAACAUGGACAUCUGUGUUGCUGACUGGAGGGCUAGAGUAGUAGUUGUAGUCAAUUCCGCCGGAAAGCUCAGAUUUAGGUACCGUGGUCACGAACCUGCUCCAAAGAACAAACUAUUCGAGCCACGUGGCAUUACCACUGAUGAUCAGAGUCGUAUCCUAACAGCAGACAAUGACAAUCAAUGUGUGCACGUUAUUGAUCAGGAUGGACAGUUCCUCCGAUUUAUUAAAUGUGAUUUUGACAAUCCUAGGGGUUUAUGCACAGAUUCAAAUGACAAUUUGUUGUUCAAUGUAAAAACAAACAAGUUUUGA